AUGAACGCGCACGCGCACUCACACGUCGCCGUCGCCUUGGCCGGCCCGUCCGGCUCUGGCAAGUCGACCCUCGCCGUCACCCUCGCCGCGGCCCUCCGCCACGAGGGUGUGCGCGUCACGCUGCUACACCAGGACUCCUACUUUCGUCUGCCCAAGCCCGCCUCGUACUGGUCGACACCGCCGGAGCACGACACACCGGCGGCCGUUGACAUGGAGCGGCUCGCCGAGGACGUGCGCGCCGCCGGCAGACCUCCGCCCGAGCCGGACGAAGCCGCACGCGGAGCGGAGCAGCUGCAGAUCGUGCUCGUCGAGGGCUUUCUGCUGCUGCAGGACGAGCCGCUGCUCUCGCUCUUCGACUCCGCCCUCUUCCUCCGCGUCGACCGAGAGGCGUGCCUGCGCCGUCGGCUGCAGCGCUCGACGCGGUCCGAGUCGGAGCAGGAGGGCUGCCGCCGCUACUUUCUGGACGUCGUCUGGCCGACGUACGAGCGCAUCACGCUGCCUGCCCUCGACGCGGCCACCCUCCCUCUGUCCGCGGUGGCGAUGGCUGCACUGCGAGAGCUCGAGGCGCUAGCUCCGCCGGCCGCCGCAGCCGCCGCAGCCGCCUCGGAGCUGCUUCGCAUCCGCGCGGCGAUCGAGGCGGAGGAUGCUCACGAGCUGGCGGCGCUGCUGCCCGCGGCGGUGCGCGCCGCGCGCGAGAGCGGCCGCGAGGGCGAGCGGCUCGGCGUGGGCCUCGCAGCAGGCUUCAGCCGCCUCGUUGGGCGGUGGAGUGAGGGCGGAGCUGACCGGGCAGCUGAUCAGGCAGCGGCUGGCCAGGCGGCGGGUGGCGAGGCGGCGGUCCAGGCCGCAGCCGGCCAGGCCGCCGCCGCAGGGCCGAGCCCCGCGAGGCUUGAGCUGCCGGGAGGAGGGAUGCUGCGCGCGCUCCUCCUCCUCUGCCGGCUGAUGCGCAGCUGCUGCGCGAGCAGCGCCGCGGUGCAGGACGCGCUGCUCGAGGCGGGUGCGCUGGCGAGGGUCCACGGGCUAGCCAUCGCCACGGCGGAGGCGGCAGAGGCAGUGGAGGCGGCAGCGGUGGAGGCAGCGGCGGCGGCAGCGGCGGCGGCAGCGGCGACGGAGGAGGAGGAGGCGGCGGCGGCGGCGGCGACGGCGACGGCGGCGGCAGCGGCGGAGGAGGCAGCAGCAGCGGCGGCAGGCGUGGUCCCCGCGGCCGAGGCUGCCGAGGCGGCAGGGCCGGGCGAGGAGGCGCACAGUUGCUGCCUCGCCGCACUGCAGCUCCUCUCCAACGCUUGCGUGCAGAACGAGCGCGCGCAGGAGGAGGUGUGGUCGUGGUGGCCGCGGCUGCUCGCGCCGCUCAUCGUGGCGGGCAGCGGCGGCGGCGGCGGCGAGCAGCGCAAGCGGAGCAGCGUGGGCCUCGCUGUGCUGUACCAGUGCGUGCGUGGCCACCCGUCGCGACUCAAGGCUCUCGUGUCGGGGCCACGCGCGGCUCGCGGCUGGCUGAGCUGCUGCCUCUGUCUGCUCCGCGACGGGGUGGUUGGCGCCGAGGCCUCGUGGGGCGCGCUGCUCCUCUCCUCCCUCGUCGCCGGCGGGCUGCUGCCCGACCUGCUGGCGGCUGCCGCUGCGCUGCGGCAUCCAGGCGCGCGGCUCGAGCUCGCCGUGGCGCUGCAGCGGCUGAGCGAGCAGGUGCCUCCCCUCCUCGACGACUUCUCCGUCGGAGGGGGACGCCACCUCGCCGCAGCCCUCGCCGCGCAGCUGCCUCUCGCCGCGUCGCGUGCGUGGUGGGAGGAGGAGGAGGGCGCGCGCGAGGCCGCCGCCGCGUGCCCGCUCUCGACGCUCGCGCUGCUGCGGGCGGUGUGCGCCCUCGCCGCGCGCCUCGAGACGCCCUUCUCCGAUUUCGACGACGACGCCGCCGCGCUCGGGCUCGUGCCGCCCGUCGUGGCCGUCCUGUCGGCGAUGGCGGAGUGGAACCCACCCGCCGGAUUGGCCGCGCCAAAGGACGCGGCGGGCGCGCCGACCAGCGCCGCGCCGCCGCCGGCCGUCGACACGCGCGGCGCGGAGCUGGAGCUGGUGCGGCUCCUGGCGCUGCUCUGCUUCCGGCGGCACGCCUGCCAGAAGCUGGCUGGCGAGCCCUUCGUCCGCGAGUGGGCGCUGCUCGCUGUGCGCAACCUCACGGAGGGCUGCGCCGAGAACCAGGCGACCAUCGCCGGCCUCAAGCAGCUGUCGACACCCACGCUGCGCGUCCCGCCGGGAGAGGGCUGA